AUGUUUGCACAGAGUUAUCUAGAUGAGGGACCCAGGACAUUUCUUGACAGGGGAGUAUUGAAAAAUCUGGCUGGCUCUCUAUCCAGUUGUAUCAUUCCUUAUUGUCUUUCUGUUUUCAUCAUGUAUUUAUGUCCAGAACCCCCCCUCCAUUGUUGCUGGGUAGGGGGUCUAUGUUCGUCUUUUUCCCCAGAACAAUUCCAGAGACUUCUCAAAAUUAACCCAGACUGGAAAUCCCAGAGGCUGCUGGACUUGGGAGCAGGGGACGGUGAAGUAACAAAAGUUAUGAGCCCGCACUUUGAGGAAAUCUAUGUGACAGAGAUGUCACAGACUAUGAUAUGGCAACUUCAGAAGAAAAAGUACAGAGUGCUUAAUAUCGAUGAAUGGCAGAGGACAGGAUUCCAGUAUGACGUCAUCAGCUGUUUAAACCUCCUUGACCGAUGCCACCAGCCUGUCACUUUAUUGAAGGAAAUGAGAAGUGUCCUUGAACCAACCCGAGGUCGUGUUAUAUUGGCCCUAGUUCUGCCUUUCCACCCCUAUGUAGAAAAUGCAGGUGGGAAGUGGGAGAAGCCAUCAGAGAUCAUGCAGGUUAAUGGAACUGUGUGGGAAGAACAAGUGAACAGCCUGGCUGAUGUCUUUGAGGAAGCUGGCUUUGCAGUGGAAACCUUUACCCGACUUCCAUAUUUAUGCGAAGGAGACAUGUACAAUGACUAUUAUGUUCUGGAUGAUGCUGUCUUUGUUCUUCGGCCUGUGUAA